UUUAAAACCACGUGACCAGUGUUUACAUUUUUUCUCAGCUGUUUCUUUCUUCGUCCCCUCCUACACGUUUCGUCGUUACCAUUCUUGUUUUUUCCAACCAAGCCGCAAAAGUUAGCUCAGAUAAGCAGUACUUAGUCACCAGAAGAGGCUGUUAUCGUGUGAAAGUGGCUUUCACUGACCGUCGCAUUGCACGGUGCGAUCACUUGCAAGGAGUGAGUAAAUGCGACACGGACAUUUUGAACCCUUCCCGCUGUGACAUUUGAAGAUUUUAGGGGAAAGGUCACUUGCUGCUCGAACAUGAGCAUCUGAAGUGACACUCCACGACUCGCGUUGGCAGGAUCCCCUCAGUCAGCGUAGAUCUCCAUGCCGCUGUAAGGAGGACUCACUCAACCUGCGUACGAGUUCAGCCCUUUCGUGUCUCUUCUCUUGUCGCCAUGGGGGGAGCUGUGAGCGCCGGGGAGGACAACGAUGACCUCAUUGAUAACCUGAAGGAGGCUCAGUACAUCCGCACAGAAAAGGUCGAGCAGGCCUUCCGGGCCAUAGACCGGGGUGACUACUACCUGGACGGCUAUCGGGACAGUGCCUACAAAGACUUGGCGUGGAAGCACGGAAACAUUCACCUGUCUGCUCCGUGUAUAUACUCUGAAGUGAUGGAGGCCCUCAAACUGCAGCCAGGACUUUCCUUCCUUAAUCUGGGCAGUGGGACCGGCUACCUGAGCACAAUGGUCGGGCUCAUCAUAGGGCCCUAUGGUGUGAACCAUGGAGUUGAGCUCCACAAGGACGUGGUCGAAUACGCCAGACAGAAACUUGAUGAAUUCAUUAAGAAUAGUGACAGCUUUGAUAAGUUUGAAUUCUGUGAACCUGUCUUUGUGGUGGGGAAUUGCCUUGAAAUCUCAACAGACAGCCACCAAUACGAUCGCAUUUAUUGUGGCGCUGGGGUGCAGAAAGACCAUGAAAAUUACAUGAAAGUGCUGCUCAAAAUUGGAGGCAUACUGGUGAUGCCUAUAGAGGAUCAGCUGACCCAGAUAACCAGAACCAGUCAGAGCACGUGGGAGAGCAAAAACAUCUUGGCGGUGUCCUUUGCCCCUUUGGUUCAGCAGAGCCGAGCCGAAGGAGAGAAGCCUGACACUGUCCAGCUCCCGCCGGUGACCGUCCGCAGCCUCCAGGACCUUUCUCGCGUUUACAUUCGUCGCACUCUCAGAAACCUGGCGAAUCAGGACAGUCAGGGAAACGGGAUGGUGCAGAGGGUCCCCCACAAGCGCAAACGGAGGCGCUGUCGGCGGCGGCCCAUCAACACCUACGUUUUUGUGGGCAAUCAGCUCAUACCCCAAAUGGUGGAGAGUGAAGAGGAGGAGCAUGCCGAUGAGGAACAAAAGGAGGCGGUGGCGGAGGAAGAGGAGGAAAGAGACAUUGGUGAUAUUGAAAUCAUCAAGCAAGUGAACGAGCUGAGAGAACAAAUACUUGCUCUGCCCCUGCCUGAGUCGCUCAAAGCGUAUUUGCUGUAUUACAGAGAGAAAUGACUGAUCCACUCGAUGUCCAUCGUUAAUGAGUGCUCUGCCUGCUGAAAUUCUGUUUUCUUCACCCUUUUUCUUUUCAAAUGUAGCAUUAUUAUCACCUAAUCUCAAUGGCAACACUGUAUUGGGACAAGAUAGAGAUGUCAUAGAUUAUAUCAGAUAAUAAUGUUUGAUUUUCAUGGGUGUUAGUUUCCCUUGACAUUUUCAUUUGGAUCUGUAUAUGAAAACGUAAAAGUAUCCUGAAUGGAGAUUUAGUUUCAGGAACCAGUUUUGAAAUACAGAUUUUAUCAAAUCAGAAUGUCUGCAGUUAUGUGCAGAUAAAAAAAAAACUGUAUAAAAAAUAAGAAAAAAAGUUAAGUUCUUACGGUUUUUUAAAAAUAUAAUCAUACAAAAAUGAA